AGCGGAACCGAACAUACCCGAACAGCCGAAGUUACACGAAGUGCCAGUGCUCCUCCUUACCGCUAAUCUCGGCUUCCCCUCGUAAAAGGCUCCGUCCAUAUAUCCUAUGUCAAUGAUAUCCUUAUACUGUGUCGUAACUCUGCCUUAUCGAGUAAGGCAGUGUAGCUUUACUACAGCUACUCGGGAAAAAAUUUGCAUAGAUGGCGGUCCCCGUCUCGAAACUUUUGAUACAUUUGACUGAUUUGACCGUUGCCGCUGUUGCAAGCAAUCGAAUGCGUUUGUUCGCCGCACGAAGCGUCCAGCUUCUUGCGCCAAUCACGAAUUCGUAUUCGAGUCACAGGUCAAUUAUCGUCGUGGCAUGUGUCCUUCUCGUUACUUUACUCUCGUUACCGGGUCUACGAGUGACGCGCGACGCGGUUCGCGCAUUGAUCAUGGCAGUACGGAGGGACGCACGCCGGAUUAAGUGAGUCAUCCAUAUGACGGAAAUAAACGCUGCGAAUCCUCCGACAGAGGAGAGAGAGCGAGCGGGCGAGUGCCGACAAUACGCGUGACUGCGCGCGUCACGUCGGGCGGUGCGAGAUCGAAACCUCUUCGUUCGGGAGUUCCUUGCGCGACUCCGCUCGAGGGUUCCCUCCACGUUUCUCGUCGCUUCCAUCGAAGAACGGAACGAUAACUCGAGGCUCGAGCGGCCCGACGGUCCGGAGUCCGGAAAGCACGAUAAGUGCGCGCGAGUUCCCGGAGUGCGAGCGGGGUGGACGGUAGGAGAGUGUCAAUGCUACGAAGUGCGGCGUGGACGAGGAAGGAUACACGGAGACGCGGUGAAGUUGCCGGGGAUCGCGGGAUCGAGUGGCUCGGUGCGUGCGACGUCGACGAUGCGCUCGAGCGCGGGUGUCCCGCAUGCCCGAGGACGGAAAAUGGGAUCCCGCUGCGGCGAGGAGCGCGGUUACCCUCGCACUACGGGCGAGUCGUGCAGUUGACGCGCGUCGGGGAACUUAUCUCCGUUGGCAAGACGGACGGCGAUAAGGGGGAGCAGGCGCGCAACGCCGACGGACGGCUCGGCUGAACACGUGGAUGCGUCGCACGGGGCGAGCACGUCGCCGCCGUCGCCGCGAGAAAAGCCGUAGCAAUGGCCGGUCAGUAGGGCGCAUCGCUCGACGUGAGCUCCGCCGCGUCGAGCAUGCCGCGAGCGGGACCCCCGUGAUGCGUCCGCGCGGGGGCGCGUGGCCGAGGAACAGUAGCGGCGAGGAAGCGAAGAGGGUGCCGGCGGCCUGAGCGGAAAAGCUCUCGCCCUGGAAAAUGAACUCCAUGCUAUACACCGUGUACGGGUUCGCGAUAUUCUUCACGAUAUUCUGGUCGGGCAUGUGGGUGGUGCACGUGCUGGCGUUGAUCGCCGGCCGCUGCAAGCUGCACCGGAAGACGAGCCAAGCGCCGAGCUACGAAGUGCCCCUGCCGGGGGUCUCGGUGAUCAAGCCGCUGAUGGGGGUGGACCCGAACCUGUUCGGCAACCUCGAGACCUUCUUCACGAUGGAGUACCCGCGGUACGAGCUGCUGUUCUGCGUGGAGGACGACUCGGACCCCGUGCUGAUGCUGGUGCGCAAGCUGAUCGAGAAGUACCCCGAGGUCGAGGCGCGACUGUUCGUCGGCGGCUGCAACGUCGGGGUGAACCCGAAGAUCAACAACAUGCAGCCGGCGUACGAGGCCGCCAAGUACGAGCUCGUGCUGAUCAGCGACAGCGGCAUUCGCAUGAAGGAGGACACCCUGCUGGACAUGGUGAGUCACAUGACGGACAGGGUGGCGUUGGUGCACCAGAUGCCGUUCACCUGCGACCGCGAGGGCUUCGCCGCCGCGUACGAGAAGAUAUUCUUCGGCACGGUGCAGUCCCGCAUGUACCUCGCCGCGGACUUGCUCAGGAUAAACUGCCACACCGGCAUGUCGGCUCUGCUGCGGAAGUGCACUCUCGACGAGGUCGGCGGCCUGAAGGCCUUCGGCAUCUACCUCGCGGAGGACUUCUUCUACGCCAAGUCGCUGACCGACCGCGGCUGGCGCAUCACCGUCUCCUCGCAGCCGGCGCUCCAGAACAGCGGCAACUGCGAGGUGAACACCUUCCAGGCGAGGCUGCGCCGGUGGGCGAAGCUGCGGGUCGCGAUGCUGCCCACCACCAUCGUGCUCGAGCCGCUGAGCGAGUGCCUCGUGCUGGGCGGGUGCGCUUCCUGGGCAGCCAGCGUGCUCUUCGAGUGGGACUCCCUAGUUUUUUACCUGGUGCACGUACUCCUGUGGUUCAUGUUCGAUUGGAUGCUGCUGUGCGUCGUGCAGAACGGCCCGUUGCCGUUCAACAAACUCGAGUUCAUGUGCGGCUGGCUGCUCAGCGAGACCACGAGGCCGUACCUUUUCCUCCAGGCGGUCCUGGAUCCCCUCAUACAGUGGCGAUCGCGCGUUUACAAGCUCAAGUGGGGCGGCGUCGCCGAAGAGGUCAAGGCGAAAGUCAAAUAUUAAAAAUUCAUAUGCAUGAGUGCGUGCGUGCGUGCGUGCGUGCCAUCGAGCAACAAGCAAGCCGAAGUCGCGAUGCUCCUUUUCGCGACCGCGAAGCGCGCGUGCACGAGGCAUUCUGAUCAUCGUGACUGCGAGUCGUUUUUCGCGGAAGUCGGUAGCGGAUGCUCAACCGAUUACGGUCUCGAUUUUAGCGAAUUCGGAGUUACGAAGGCGUAGACAAUUUAUCUCGAGAUUAUUUGUGUCUCUUACGCUUUCCCUGAACGAUAUUGGACUUUUACACACACACACGUGCAAAUAAUUUAAGCGUGAACUGAAAUUUAUUUUUGACCCAUUUAAAUUCCAGUUUAAAUUGGGACUAGUUUUGGGUACGGUGUAUAAUUGAGUGUAAGGUUUUAAUUUAUAAUUAUCAAAUUAUAUUGGUAGUUUGAGCAUCGCGCGAAAUGCAAUGAAUGCUCCGUCUGAUAAUUCGCUUUUGUUCCCGGAAAAGAACUUGCGGCA